AUGCUACCCCGUCUACGCAGGCGGCGCAAAAGCAUUCCCGUUCGUCCGGUAGUUUUGCUGACAGACCCAGCGAUUUACCACUACCGCUCAGACCUAUACCCUCGGCGCCCCUGCCCUUACCCCACAAACAAGAUGACCAUGGACGUCGACGACUGUCCCUCGCCUUUAAUCACUCUCCCCGCGAUCUCGGUCGCCUCGCCCUCACCGUCCAAGCGGCCCGCUCCGCUCAAGCUUCAGCACAAGGACACCCCCCUCCCAUCCAUCGGUGACCUGUUCGAAGGCGUCAACAUCAAGACUCCUUUUUCCCCCUUCGCCCGCCUCGCGCGUAACCACUUCAACGGCGACCUCCCCGCUCUCUCCCCCUUUCCCCCACUCCGCUCGCCCCUCAGCGUGCCCAGUCUAUCCCUUCAGCCCGCCACCCCUUUGGCCGGCCAGAACACCACCGCCGACGCCACAUACGUGCCCACAGAGCAGCUGGUCAACAACGACUUCGAGAUCGACCCCUCUCUCGCAGAAACGGAGGCAUCCACCCCGCUCAACACGCCACCCGACAUGCCUCUGCCCGCAAUGGCCAUCAUUCCCGGCCGCAGCCCGCUGCGGUGCGGCAAUGUAUCCUCGGCUCGUAACGUGCUCGUCGAUGCAUCUCCCGGCCGCUCAUACUCCUCCCAGGCCCCAAGCAGCUGGCCGUACCGCACAAUGAACAACGGGUGGGACACUCAAAGUAUCGCGCCGCGGCAGAUCGGUGGCUCGCCGAGCCCCGCGCCCGAGAGCGUGUACGACGAGCCCGUAGGCCCCAUGGAGUUGGAGCCGCAGGCGAACACCUGGGCGCCCGCAGACGUGCCGCGUACAGGCUACUUUGCCCCUCGCGCACCUGCGGACGACUACACGCGGCUCCUGGCUCCCAAAGACGGCUUCUUCCCGACGCCGGCGCCAACACCGCCGGUGCAAAAUGCCUGGGCCGGCGGUGCGCCAUGCACGCCGCCGAACCAGCGGCGCGCGCUCCCGGCCUACGUCCACUCGGCGCCCACAUACAUCCCGACGCCGUACGCGUCGCCCAGCCCCGAGCGUGCGCUGUACCACACCGUGCCGCCCGGCGCGACGUUCGAGCAGUGGAGCAGUGCGGGAUACAACCUCGCUGCGCCAUGGAGCGAGGGGCACGCGCGCACGGCGUCGCCCGCGUUCUCAGAGCGGAGCAUGGACCCGAGCCCCUCCCUCUCCCGCGCCCACUUGUACGACAACGCGUACGCCUACGCCGGGCCGUCCAGCUACGCCGGGCCGUCUGGCACAUCCACCUCUGCCGGCACCAGCGCCGGUCCCAUGCGGCCGGGCACCGUGCACGGGCGUGCGCGGCACACGCCCGUCCCGCGCAAGCGGAGCACGACGGGAGUCGCGCUCAACCAAUUCGCGCAGCUGACCAGCAACCUCAUCUACCCGUCGUACCCGGGCGCGAUCCGGCAGUGGGCACCCGUCGUCAUCGACCCCGCGACCCCCGUCCCGCCCGAGUACCGCGACAAGCGCGGGUUCUGGGAGGACGACACGUUCUGGACAUGGGACAGCACGAUUAAGACGCACAUGCGCUGCCUCCGCAUCUGCGCGCAGUGCCACUGCGACCGGCCGGGCGCGAAGACAUGGCGCCGCAGCCACAUCCAACAGGACACGAGUGUAUGUUUCCUCCCUCCGAAGCGACAGCGCUGA